AUGGCGACGAUGGCCUCGGGACUACGCUCUCCGCCUACACCCCGCUCGGGGGCGACUUCGCCGCGCCCGACGUUCGAUGCUGAGCUGCUGAAGGCGUACAUGAAGAAGCUGCUGCAGUCGACCUUGCAGAAUUCGACAUGGCCGGAGCAGAAGGAUCAUGACAGAGUGAAGGCAUGGAACAAGGAAAUUGGCGAGAGAGUUAAGGAGCGAGCGGUUGAGAUCCAGCCUAGAGGAUUUAAAUACAUUGUUAUGACGCAACUACACGAGAAUCUAGGCCAAGGCGGUCGGGCUGACAUGGUAUGUCACUGGGAGGACUCGGACGCGGUCGCACGAGAGAUGUUUGUCAAUGUACGCCUCUGA